CCACUACGAGCGGAAGAGCUCAGUUGUUAUCAACUUAUCAUCAUGGCAAGGCUUCUCAUAUCCAACACAGCCUCACUCACUCUCUCUCCUCCACCCGCCCCACCCUCACGUGCUUCAUUCAUCCCUCCGCACGUGCCCAUAUCGCCGGCAACACGUUUUCCCGGCCGGCAAACCAGAGGCCUAGAGGUGGUGACACGUGCGGGGCCCACCACAAGCCAGUACGUGUUCGCAUUCGUUUUGCCGCUCUCUCUGAUCGCCGUCACCGUUUUCACUUCCAUCAGAGUCGCCGAUAAGCUCGACCGAGACUUUCUUGAAGAGAUGGCAAUUAACCAAGCGAUCCGGGAAACGGAUGAGGAAGGCGAAGCUGACAAGUCGAUAGAAGAAAAGCCUGCACUUUCCCGUACUCGCAACCGGCCCAAAAGGGAAGUCUAAGCUUCAUUUUCUUGCUCGGUAAAGCUUUAGUUUUGUACUUAGAUCAGCCUGCGGCCGUGCAUUACGAAUCUGUCAAUGUUAGCAUUUUAUGGACAAGCUUUUGAGAACAACACCUUCUCUUCCUCGAGAAUAAGAGCGAAAGGCGAGUUUGAAGGUGAUCCCCGUGAAUGCGUGCGCUGUGUAUUUUGUGUGUAGAAAAAGAAAUAUGGAAUGAACAACAGGCAGAGAACAUUUUGCUAUUAGUGUUUCCAAUAUGAAUGCCUUUUGUUUGCCAAAUGGGAUUGUAGAGAAAUAAUCCUUUCAUAUUCACGUAAGAUAGUUGUUGGUCUA